CCGCGGCGUUAAGGACCCGUCGGCGCCGGGAGCGCUGCCAUGGCGGCGGGGCUGUGGGCGCUGCUGCUGCCGCUGGCGGCCGCCGUCUAUGAGGACCAAGUGGGCAAGUUCGACUGGAGGCAGCAGUACGUUGGGAAGCUCAAGUUCGCGUCUCUGGAGGCCUCGCAGGGUUCGAAGAAGCUCGUUGUAGCCACCGAGAAGAACGUCGUGGCUGCCCUGAACUCCAGGAGUGGUGAAAUCCUGUGGCGCCAUGUAGACAAGGGAACCUCUGAAGGAGCAGUGGAUGCGAUGCUGAUCCAUGCACAGGAUGCUAUCACUGUGUCCAAUGCUGGGCGUAUUCUGCGCUCCUGGGAGACCAACAUUGGAGGGUUGAACUGGGAGACAUCCCUGGACACUGGCAGUUUCCAGGUGGCUGGUUUGGUGGGGCUGCAGGACGUGGUGAAAUACGUGGCAGUCCUGAAGAAAGCAGCCAUCUCUCUGCACUACCUUUCCAACGGGCACCAGAAAUGGGUGGAACACUUGCCAGAAAGUGAGGGCACGCAGUACCAGCUGCUGUAUUCCCGUGGGACUGGAGUGAUCCACGUGCUUGGAAUUGUUCCCCAGAGCCACCUGAGCAUUUUAACCUUCAGUGUAGAAGAUGGAGAAAUUACAAAACAGAUCAGAGUAGCAGCCCCGUGGCUGAAGAGCCUGAACGGCGCGUGCAGCGUGGUGGGGGAGGCAGUGCUGGUGUGCAUGGACAUGGACACACGUUCACUCUACGUUUGCUCCUUGGAGACCGAGCAGGAGAUGAGGCAGAUCCCGCUGCAGUCACUUGACCUGGAGUUUGCUGAUGGCUUCCAGCCCAGGAUAUUGGCCACUCAACCCAGUGUAGUCAGUGCUUCACGGACUCAGUUCUUCCUGCAGCUGGCUCCGAGCCACUUCUCUCUGCUGCAGUACAAACACGGGCUGCUCAGCCACCUCCGGGACUUCCAGCAGGCAGCUCUGGUGAGCUUUGCAACAACUGGGGAGAAGACCGUGGCUGCUGUCCUGACCUGCAGGAGUGAGCUGAAGCCUGGAAGUUCUGAUGGCCUGCAUGCUGGACGUGCUCUGGAGGAUUCCCAGAAGCAGGACUCCUUAACCUGUUCCAAUCAAACCUACAAUAUUAAUCUCUACCUGGUUGAAACUGGACAAAGAUUGCUGGAUACCACAAUUACCUUUAACCUGGAGCCGAGUGGUGCCAAGCCACAGCAGCUAUACAUCCAAGUUUUCCUGAAGAAGGAUGACUCCGUGGGCUAUCGGGCCUUGGUGCAAACAGAAGACCACAUGCUAAUGUUCCUCCAGCAGCCGGGAAAAGUUGUGUGGAGCAGAGAGGAGUCCCUAGCAGAAGUGGUAAGCUUGGAGAUGGUGGAUCUACCUCUGACAGGCGCCCAGGCUGAGCUGGAGGGAGAAUUUGGGAAGAAAGCAGCCAUUCAAGAUGGCUUGCUGGGGAUGUUUCUGAAGAGGCUCUCCUCCCAGCUCAUCCUGCUGCAAGCCUGGACUGCUCAUCUUUGGAAGAUGUUCUAUGAUGCCAGGAAACCCCGGAGCCAGAUUAAAAAUGAGAUUAACAUUGACAAUUUGGCCAGAGAUGAAUUCAACCUCCAGAAGAUGAUGGUGAUGGUCACAGCUUCAGGAAAGCUUUUUGGUAUUGAAAGCAGUUCUGGCACCAUCCUGUGGAAGCAGUACCUCAGGAAUGUGCGACCGGGCUCCUCCUUUAAGCUGAUGGUCCAAAGAACAACAGCCCAUUUCCCACACCCUCCACAAUGCACCUUGCUUGUAAAGGACAAGGAAACCAAAAUGAGCUUUCUGUAUGUCUUCAACCCCAUCUUUGGGAAGAGAAGUCAAGUAGCUCCCCCUCUUUUGAAGCGUCCAAUUCUUCAGACUUUGCUUCUGCCUAUUAUGGAUCAAGAUUAUGCCAAAGUACUACUCUUGAUUGAUGAUGAGUACAAGGUUACAGCUUUCCCAGCGACUAAAAACGUCCUUCGGCAGCUGAGAGAAAUAGCUCAUUCUAUCUUUUUUUAUCUAGUUGAUGCUGAGCAGGGAAAACUCUCUGGAUUCAGGCUGAAAAAGGACCUGACAACAGAGGAGAGCUGGGAGGUGGUCAUACCCACCGAAGUGCAGAGGAUAGUGAGCGUGAAAGGGAAGAGGUCCAAUGAGCACGUGCACUCCCAGGGCCGGGUGAUGGGAGACCGCAGCGUUCUCUAUAAGUCUUUGAAUCCCAACCUGCUUGCUGUGGUGACAGAGAGCACAGAUACACAUCACGAGCGCACGUUCAUUGGCAUAUAUCUGAUUGAUGGAGUCACAGGCAGGAUCAUCCACUCCUCAGUGCAGAAGAAAGCAAAGGGACCCGUCCACAUGGUUCACUCGGAGAACUGGGUGGUGUACCAGUACUGGAACACAAAGGCGCGUCGGAACGAGUUCACUGUGCUGGAGCUGUACGAGGGGACAGAACAAUACAACGCCACAGCCUUCAGCUCCCUGGACCGCCCGAUUUUACCUCAGGUUCUCCAGCAAUCUUACAUCUUCCCAUCUGCCAUCAGUGCCAUGGAGGCCACCAUCACCGAGCGGGGCAUCACCAGCCGGCACUUGCUCAUUGGGCUUCCCUCCGGGGCCAUCCUCUCCCUUCCCAAGGCUCUGCUGGAUCCUCGUCGCCCAGAGAUCCCUACGGAACAAAGCAGAGAAGAGAACCUGAUUCCAUACUCCCCUGAUGUGCAGAUCCAUGCUGAGAGGUUUAUCAACUACAAUCAAACCAUAUCCCGGAUGAGAGGGAUUUAUACAGCCCCCUCUGGCCUAGAGUCUACUUGUCUGGUUGUUGCAUAUGGCCUGGACAUCUACCAGACCCGAGUGUACCCAUCGAAGCAGUUUGAUGUCCUGAAGGAUGACUACGACUACGUGCUCAUAAGCAGCGUCCUCUUUGGGCUGGUUUUUGCUACCAUGAUCACGAAGAGACUGGCCCAGGUGAAGCUGCUGAACAGGGCCUGGCGCUAAGGCUGCGGGCCCAGGGAGGACUGUGGCUGGAGAAGACAUCUGAGGUGUGGACUGGCUGAAGAUCUGCCACGCCAUGAUGGGGUUCAGUUCAACGUUCCAGCUUGUUUGAUGGGUGCAAACACCUAUACACAUUUUUGCUGGAAGAUAUUUGGGAGGAAAAGGUGCUAGUGCAACAACACAACAUGCUGCCUACCUGUCUCCCAGCGAGAAAAAAUGGAAGAGAAAUGGAAAAAGAGACAUUAUUACACAGUAAAUCUCCGCAACGUCCAGUAAUGCCCUAAAAUCUGCCAUGACAUCAUCUCCCUGAUGUUAGUGAAAAUAAUACUAAGGAUACUCCUGAUCCUCACCUCUACCUCAGCAAGAGGAGGACACAGGGGUGUUGGGUGCUGCGUGUGCUUGGUACCACUUGAGCUGCUGUGUGCAAGGCCUGAGAAGUGGAGGAGACGUUGGGAAGAAGGUUAGAAGUGGGGUGGAUGCUGUUGGGAAAUCGCCCCAUGGGGUCACUCCCACAGGGCUGUGGGAGGAAUUUGAAUGUAAAAUCUCUCCAUGUUCUUUAUUUAUUAUGAUGUUGGGUUUAAUUUUGCUGUAUUUGGUGUACAACACUGGGGUAAGGUCUCAUCAUGGGUGGGGAGUGAAGAACCUCGCAGUGUUCCCCCCAGUAAUGGCCUUUGGCUCUUUGUAUGUAGAUUUAGAAUCACAGAAUCAACUCUGUUGGAAAAGACCUUUUAAGCUCAUCAAGUCCAACCAUUCCCAGCACUGCCAAGGCCACCACUAACCCGUGGCACUGAGGCCUCGGCUACACGGGGUGUGAACACUUGCAGGGACGGUGACUCCAGCCCUGCCCUGGGCAGCCUGUUCCAAUGCCUGAGCACCCUCUGGGGAAGGAAUUGUUCCUCAGCUCCAUCUAAACCUCCCCUGGUGCAGCUUGAGGCCGUUUCCUCUUGUCCUGUCCCUUGUUCCUUGGGAGCAGAGACCAGCCCCCUCCUGGCUCCAUCCUCCUGUCAGGCAGUUGCAGAGAGCGAGAAGGUCCCCCCUGAGCCUUCUCUUCUCCAGACUAAACCCCCCAGGUCCCUCAGCCGUUCCUCAUCACACUUGUGCUCCAGGCCCUGCACCAGCUCUGGUGCCCUUCUCUGGCCCCGCUCCAGCACCUCAAUGUCUCUCUUGUAGUGAGGGGCCCAGAACUGACACAGGAUUCGAGGUGCAGCCUCACAGUGCCCAGUGCAUGGGGACAGUCACUGCCCUGGCCCUGCUGCCACACUGGUGCUGAUACAGGCCAGGAUGCUGGUGGCUUCUCAGCUGCCUGGGCACAAGCUGCUCAUGUUCAGCUCCAUCAACCCAGCUCUUUUCCCAUGAGCAGUUUCCAGCCGCUCUUCCCCAAGCCUGGAGCAUUCCAUGGGGUUGUUGUGGCCCAAGUGCAGGACCUGGUACUUUGCCUUGUUGAACCUCGUCCCAUUGGCCACAGCCUCUUGCUCCAGCCUGUCCAGAUCCCUCUGCAGAGCCUCCCUGUCCUCCCGCAGAUCAACACUCCCACCUGACUCGGUGUCAUCUACACGACAGCAUUGCCGUAACUCAUUCUUUUCAGUGAGUUGUGCUCCCAGGAGAGGCCGUGUCCUGUCAUGUACCUGCCACGUGUGCAGAGAGCCCCAAUAAAGCCGUGUCAAAGAA